AUGGCUCGCCUCAAUGCUGCCGCCAUAACGCCUGCGCCGGGCUACGAGCCAUUCACGCUCCAGCCGCUCAUCGGGCACCUGCUCCAGACUCGCCGCUGCAUCCCGGGCUCCAUUUUUCUGGUCGAGGGCAUCGACGUGAUGCCCGUGGCGGCUGCGUCGCCGGAUGAGGACGACUCGCAUGCCAUCCGAUUGGUGCUGGGCGACGGCGAGCUGUGCGUUCAGGCAUUGCUGCAUCCCGACAUGUUUCACCUGGUCGAGCAGAGGGACGUAUUCGUGGGAUGCUGCGUCAGGGUGGGCGACUUUAUGCUGCGGCUGGAAGAGCCAGAUGGGGGUGGCGUCUUUGGAGAAGGAGGGGAGGAGGAGGAGGAGGAGGAGGAUGAGGAUGGAGCUGAGGAUGAGGAAGAGAGGCGAGAGAGACGGGAAGAGGACGCAAAGACCAUGGCAUACCUGAUUGUGAACGAGCUGGAGACUUGUGGAUGGAAUGAGACGUACAUGGCCUUGUGGCGAAACCGUGAGAAGAGCAACAGUCUCACGGACAGUACCAGCGCCAAGGGGGCAGCAGUCGUGGAAGAGGAUCGAGACCAGGGGGCAGCACCGGGCGAGGCAGCCACCACAACUCCCAAGGCAUCCAAGCCACAGAGCAGCAAUGUGGUUAGAUUCGCGGAUCGGCCAGAUUCACCGUCAGUCAGCACCCCUACCAAGACACCGAGCAGGACGCCGACCAAGACGCAGGGCAAGGUGCAGGAAAAGGGGAAAGCCAAGGUUAGCUUCCAGCUGCCGGGCUUUGACAAUGACAAUGACAAUGACGACAACGAUGAUGACGAGGAUGACGAGGACGACGAGGACCUGGAGGAGGCAUUCGAGGCAUUCGAAACACGCACAUUCCCCCUUCGGAGUGCCAUUACUGGUGCUCGUAAUCGUACUGCUGCUGCUGCUGCUGCUAGCACCAAGCCAAUGACACCAACAUCGGAUGCAAGGGAGAUGGCGGCGGCAGGCGACAUUAACACCGACAAGUCGCAGCAGCAGCAGCAGCAGCAGCAGCCCAUUGCGCUACCCAGAGACUGGCAUAACCAACAGGUCCCUCUCAAGCUCACAACCCUGCGCCUGAUCCCGCAUCUGCCGUAUGCACAAAACUGGUCGUGCAACGUGCUCGCCAUCAUCGCCUCCCUCUCGCCCGUGGAGUCCUCUCAUCUGCCGCCAGGAAAGCAGCGAACGGCUCGCAUCGCCGACCCGUCGACGGCAAAACAGGUGCAUCUAACGGUAUUCCUGGACCCGGAUGGGUUCACGCCCAAAGUAGGCAGCGCGGUGCUGCUUGUCGGCGUAAAGAACCACCGCUUCGAUGGCGGCAGCUUGAAGAAGUAUGCUAGCGAUGGGAAGAAAGAUGCUGGCGAGAAGAGGUGGUGGUUUGAGGACCCCUGGGAGUUGGAGUGGCUGGACGUGGCAGGGAUCAAGGAGUGGUGGAAAGGCAUGGAAGAGUAUUACAGGCAGACGGGACCGGCACGAAGCGAAGGCCUAGAGCAAGCGUGA